GAACUGUCGCGCACCGCUCGCAUCGCAAGACGACGGCACUCGGGAGUAAAUUGUUGUGUGAAUUUCGCUCGAAGUAACCGAUAACUCUACGCCAAAUCAUUCGUUUGCGCUACUGCAAAACGCCCAAGAGGUUCGCAACAAGAGAACGAACGAAAACAAAGCACCGUCUUACAAGCGUUCCAUCGGCGGGUGACACAAAGAGAUCAGCAACCUAAACAGGAAACAACAAAGCUAGGUGUACUCCGGAGCAUCAGCAUUCUCAAGGAUGGCUGGCGCAAUGUUAUUCGAUCGUGCCGCAUCGCACUCGCUCAACCGACAGGACAUGAGCACGUUCGCGCGCGAUCUAGAGGUGGACGAAAAUGACGAGGAACAGAUCCGACAGAAGGAACAGAAAAUUCUCGAAUUGGGCGAAACGUACAAGCGGGAAGGUAAGGCAAAGGAGCUGGCUGACCUGAUCAAAGUGACCCGCCCGUUUCUGAGCUUCCUGAGCAAGGCCAAAGCGGCCAAACUGGUGCGAUCGCUGGUCGACCUGUUUCUCGAUCUCGAGGCCGAAACAGGUAUCGAGGUGCAGCUAUGCAAGGAAUGUAUCGAGUGGGCGAAGCAAGAGAAGCGCACCUUCCUGCGGCAAUCGCUCGAGGCGCGCCUCAUUGCGCUCUACUUCGACACCAGCAUGUACACCGAAGCGCUCGCGCUCGGUAGCCAGCUGCUGAAGGAGCUUAAGAAGCUCGACGACAAAAAUCUGCUCGUAGAGGUGCAGCUACUGGAGAGCAAAACUUACCACGCGCUUAGCAAUCUGCCGAAGGCUCGCGCUGCACUCACGUCUGCUCGUACCACAGCGAAUGCGAUUUACUGUGCCCCGAAGGUGCAGGCGACGCUCGAUCUUCAGUCCGGCAUUCUGCACGCGGCCGAUGAGCGUGAUUUUAAAACCGCCUUCUCGUACUUUUACGAAGCUUUCGAAGGAUUCGACUCAGUGCAAAGCAGCAAGGCGCUGACCGCGCUCAAGUACAUGCUGCUUUGCAAGAUUAUGCUCGGACAGUCGGACGAUGUAAAUCAAAUUGUUAGCGGCAAGCUGGCCAUAACGUACUCCGGGCGCGAUAUCGACGCGAUGAAGGCGGUCGCGGAAGCGUCGCACAAACGCUCGCUGGCCGAUUUUCAGGAUGCUCUCAAGCAGUACAAGAAAGAGCUCGAAGAUGAUGUAAUCGUGAAGGCACAUCUAGGCACACUGUACGAUACGAUGCUUGAGCAGAACCUUUGUCGGAUCAUCGAACCGUACUCCCAGUGCGAGGUCAGCUUCAUCGCCGAUCAGAUCGCGCUACCGAUCGGGCAGGUUGAGAAGAAGCUGUCGCAGAUGAUACUGGACAAAAAGUUUAGCGGCAUCCUUGAUCAGGGCAUCGGCGUGCUGAUCGUGUUCGAGGAGACCCCGGUCGAUAAAACCUAUGAGACUGCACUUGAGACGAUACAGCACAUGGGCAAGGUCGUCGACACACUUUACCAGAAGGCGAAGAAGCUGACGUAAAACCGACCGAAUGUAGUGAACACUUAGUCCGUAAUGUAACCAGCACUUAUUUGCCACUUCUUCCACCACUUUGCUCCCAUUCGUUGCUUUCCAUUCGCACCACUGAUGCUCGCUGCGGCGUGGGUUUGAUCAGUGUGUGCCGGUUCAAAAUCGUGUUCGUGGCCUAGCGCAGGCCUUGCUUGGCAUGGCACAUAAACUACACACACACACACAACAAAUGAGCCGGUAUUUGGUUUCAGUUUAAAUUUUCAUACUCCCCCGAACUGCAAACAUAGAUGAUUAAAUAAGUUCAACCCGACAGAAUGUACGCAGAAAUAUAGGUCUAGUAGGUCGCGCAA